UAAAAACCAUUACAGCAGUGCAUAAAAACGGCAGAGACUCAGAGAAAGAGACAGAACUGCACAAAACCACCGCAGCUCAACAAUCAAAAAUUCUUCAGUAGAAAAAAGAUGUUGUGUGAAGGUAAGCUGUGGAGUUUGGUGUUUGAAGCUGAUCCAGAGUGUGUAAAUCCUCCUACGUGCUGUACGGUCAUGGCACAAUCAUUGUCUCCACCGAGUUACCUCGUCUCAGCACAAAGCCCUGUCCACUCAUCCCUAGAGAAUACAACCCGGACCAAGACCCAGCAGAGCGAUGCCCAUCCUUCCUCCACGGACCCUGCGGCAGGACGGCAACUCCCCAUAGGUGUGGAUAUCCCCAGGCAUGCGGACACCCCAGUAACAGAGGCCUUUUUGGUGCCCUCAAGCUGCCACAGCAUCUGCCAGCAUUACAGCGAUUUACACAUUGCUGGUGGCCAGGUGCUGCCGCUCAGCCCCAGCGCAGGGGAUGUACAGGGCAAUCUCAUUCAGGACCCCCACACUGGGCCCUUCCUCCUGUCUGGGGAUGUUCCCUCCCCCUCCCUCCUGCCUCCUCUGGUCCACGAGUACAGGAGUUCGAGGCGCUGGAGGGAAGAAAGUGGGCGCGAGCGUCCCUCUCUUUUGCAAUUUAUCCGGCCUCUCUCUAACUCACAGCUCAACGGCUACCUGGAACAGAAGCUUUUGGAGCUGUACAAGCAGUACCUGACCGAGGGACCUGCGGCGACCAGGCCCGUCAUGGCCUCUGAGCUUCUGCAGACCAGCCUGGACCAGAUGACUCUCCAGCUGAGCCGUGAGCAGAACAUGGAGACGGCUCGGGCCAAAGACAUGCUACUCAGCUGCCUGCUGAGAGUCACCAGCAGUUACCAGUCCAGCGAGAUCAGCACGCCUCUACUGCAGAUCUCCACUGAGACAAAGUGAGUUUGAUAGUGGGAAGAUAUGAAAAGACAGAGGA